AAUUCUAUUCACGUGCAUAAGAACUUUCAAAAGGAAACAAAAACUGGUAAUACCAUAAUCUGAGAAAUCUAAAUUGAUGGGAAACAAAGGGGAGUGCCUGACAAUUUAAAUUUUGUAGUAAAUUUGUCAAAACAGACAAAUUUUCCAGUGAGAAAAGCUUUAAAUAAUAGUAGAGGGGGAACUAUGGCAAACUCGUGGAGAUCUGAAAUUUAAGCAAACUCAAAAAACUAUGGCGAGGUCCCACCACUCUGGAGGCAGAGGCAGGGGGAUCACUCUAACUUCGAGUCAAAGGCAGGUAAGAUUUUUUAGUUUGAGACCAGCCGGGUCUGCAUAGUGAGUUCCAGGGCUACAGAGUAAGACCGAAGGAACAAACCCCCAGAAAACCAAUUCUCCGAAGCAGAAUUUAUCCUACGACUCUGGCCUCCUCCGUGCCCCCGCCCCUCCACUGGCCCCGCCCACCCGCCCUGCGGCCCCGCCCCCCAACCCAGAACUCUAGGCCGCCAUUUCCGCGUUUCAAGCCGGACGGAGCGCGUCUGGAGCUCACAGGCCUGCCCCGGAGCGCGUAAGCCCACACGCACGCGCCGCCCACGUCCAGUUUGCCAAUCCGGAGGCGAUCAGUUCCAAUAAUGCCCAGUGAAGAGGAGGCGGCUGGGGAGCCGGGCCCUGGGGAGAUGGAGGCUGGGCGGCCGCGGCCGGUGCUGCGCUCGGUGAACUCGCGCGAGCCCUCUCAGGUCAUCUUUUGCAACCGCAGCCCACGCGUCGUGCUGCCCUUGUGGCUCAACUUCGACGGCGAGCCUCAGCCCUACCCGACGCUGCCACCGGGCACCGGCCGCCGCAUCCACAGCUACCGAGGUCACCUUUGGCUCUUCAGGGAUGCGGGGACCCAUGAUGGACUUCUGGUUAACCAAACGGAAUUAUUUGUGCCGUCCCUCAAUGUGGAUGGACAGCCUAUUUUUGCCAACAUCACACUUCCAGUGUAUACCCUGAAAGAGCGGUGCCUUCAGGUUGUGCGGAGCCUGGUCAAGCCCGAGAACUACAGGAGGCUGGACAUCGUCAGGUCGCUCUAUGAAGAUUUGGAAGACCACCCAAAUGUGCAGAAGGACAUACAGCGGCUGACCCAAGAGCACUUUGAAAAUCAGCCCCUGGGAGAGGAACCUGAAGGAGUCCAUUGAGAUUAGUGUUCCUGAACUCCAGCUUUGAUGGUUCUGAGUCUUAAUCCACACAUAGGACAGGUCACUUUCUUUCCAUGUUAAAAUAUUUCAUUCUCGGAGUAAAAUACACUCCAUUGUGUAAAAGAAAGUUAAUGUCACUGGGCUCUGUGGUGCUUAAGGAUAAGCUUCACAAAAUGCCACUGAAUCUGCCCUUUCGAGAAGCACUCAUCAGAAGGUGUUUUUUGUUUGGCUUCCUGGUAAGUCAGGAAGUUCUGUGUAAGGAUAUUUGUGUAAGUUCUUCAGCUGGGGUUGCAGUAUGUCCUUUAAUGUGGAAAUGCAUCAGCAUGUGAACAGAGGGCACCUGCCUCCUGCUUUUGGAAGGCUGAGAAGGCCCCAAGGCAGGGAUGGACAUCCUUUGAGGCCCAGUGCCUAGUAUGACAGGAGUCUUCUGUCUGUAAUGUUGGCUGGACAAACCAUCAGGUGCUUGGUGGGAGAGUUUGGAGGGUCUAUCUCUCUGAGAAAAGCCUUAAGUGUACAAGUAAAGGAACAGCUUAGCAUCUUGUGUUUAGAAAGAACUUUUUUCUGAUUUCUCAUGUCUCAGCACUUUGUUUCUACCUUUUUUUGUUGUUGUUGUUGUUGUUGUUUUUUGUUUUUUGAGACAG